CGAAGAACCGAGGUUUGGCUUGCAUGACGGCAAAUGCGUGCUUAUAAUAAACAAUGUCCUCAGCGAACCCCUCACGAGUUGAUAAUUCCUCUGUUCUUCUUAAUUCAUUUGUGACAUAGAAAUCACUGCCAAAAAUGUCUGCUCCUCCGCCCAAGGGUAUCUACGUGCCCGUUCCCACGUUCUUCGCUUCUAAGAAGACUGCCAACUACAACGCUAUUACCCCUCCCAUCGAUAUUGAAACACAGGUCGCUCAUUCUGUCUACCUGGCCAAGAAUGGAAUCAAGGGUCUAGUCGUUCUCGGUAGCACAGGCGAAGCUGUUCAUAUUCACCCUAGAGAUCGCCACGCCAUUCUCAGUGGUAUCAAGGCUGGUCUCGAGAAGGAGGGUUUCAAGGAUUACCCUAUCAUUGCGGGCACAGCGACAAACAGCGUUGAAGAGACUGUUGAACAACUCAAGGAUGCUCAAAAGUCGGGUUCCCAAUGGGGAUUGUGUCUCGUUCCUGGGUACAAUGCCGGUGCAGUUACACAAGAGGGUAUCAUCCAAUGGUUCACUGCUGUUGCUGACCAAAGUCCCAUUCCUGUCAUGAUCUACCAUUACCCCGGAGUCUCAAACAACGUCAAAGUUGCACCUUCGACAUAUGCCACACUUGCAAAGCACUCUAACAUUGUCGGUUGCAAGCUCUCUCAUGGAGAUGUCUCCGUAGCUGCGCAGGUUGCUUCAAACCCAUCCAUCGAUCACACCCACUUCCACUGUUUCACAGGCCUCGGUCAACAGCUCCUACCUGUUAUUUCAGUUGGCUUUGCCGGCGCUAUUGAUGGCUCAGCAGGCUUUUUCCCCAAGUCACUGGUGCGACUCUUCGAGCUGUCGUCCAAGACCCAGCCCACAGAUGCCGAGAUCCAGGAGCGAAGACUACUCCAGUUCAAGGUUAGCUCAAUGGAGGAGCUUGUGGUCAAGUUUGGUACUGUGGGUAUCAAGGAUGCUAUUAGCAGACUGAGAGGCUUUGGAGACACAGACGGUACGAGGUUGCCGCUCGUGGGUGGUAUUCCCGGUGGUGAUGCUGAGUGGGCGAAGUGGAAAGGAGUCAUUGGUGCUGUUGAUGAGGUUGAGAAGUCGCUAUAAGCACUUAAAAGUAUAGAAUAAAGAGGAGAAUAAACUUCAAACAUAAGGAUCAGAAUCAGUAGACAAACCAACUUUAGAACUGUGUGAUCUUGCACCAUCAUCUUGUUCAUAGCAUCUAAUUCACUGGUUCAUGGACAAACUUCAUAGGUCCAGACUUGCGACUGAG